CCGCAUUCAUCUGUGGGAACGCCUCAGGCUGUGGGCGGAGCUUCUGUGAUGAUGUCAUCCACUGUGGGGGGCCUGAUAUUGAAGACCGUGCUGGAUCUCAGGGGCCUGUGGAGUAAAUCUCUGGAUCAGUGCUGGUGUGGUCAUCAGUGCACGCGGUCAUCAUGUGGACAGCUCUCAUCUUUCUCAUCCUCAGCCUCGCAUCGGGAGCUCUUUCACAAUCCAGAACUCGAUUUGCACGUUAUCGUUCAUGGAAUUCACAGAUGUAUCCGGUCUGGAGGGACGGAGACCCCCGAUACAGAGACUGCUGGAAAGGCGGCGAGGUGACGUUUGAAGUCAGAAGUGAUUCUCCAACACUGACUGGAGCAAAAGCCUCUUUCAACAUCGAUGUUCGUUUCCCGCAGAACCAGACGGUUCUUCCUGAUGGACAGGUGGUGUGGGCCAGGAACUGCACUGUUAAUGGAACAUCAUAUACUAUGGGCCAGUCUGUGUACCCUGAAUCCAGCAUCCCUCAAGACUGGAGCGGUGUUUUUCCUGACAGGACACCCUUCAAUAGGACCACCAACAAAAAGCCACGCUUCAUCUAUGUGUGGAAAACCUGGGGAAAAUACUGGCAGGUGGCUGAUGGUCCUUCUUCUCUGCUGAGCAUUGAAACAAACAGCGUGCCGCUCGGUUCUUACAGCAUGGAAGUGGUUAUUUACCACUGCCGCGGCAAAGACAAGUUCAUCCCACUCGGUUAUGUAUCCACUCAGUUCUCCAUCACAGACCAAAUUCCCUUUGCAGUGACUUUGUCCCAAGUGGGUGACAUCAACCAGGGCGACCAAAACUUUAUUCAGAACCGAGCCGUGGCCUUCAGCAUUAAUCUGCACGACCCCAGCAGUUAUCUCAGCAGCUCAGACAUCACCUUCAACUGGGAUUUCGGUGACAAUAGUGGCACUCUCAUCUCUCGGGAAACUACCGUAACCCACACAUACCUCACGCCCGGCUCCUUCAGGCCACAGGUGAUUUUGAUGGCUGCCAUCUCAACUGGUUGCCCGCCCAAUCCAACUCCAGCAGUCACCGUUGAUCCUCCUGCUCCAGUCACAGAUGAAGGUACAGCAUUGGAUACCAUUGUGGUCACAGUUUCUCCUCAACCUGUUGAUGUCAUUCCCAAUGCAGAGGAGGGAGUAGCAGCCGACGCCACUGAUGUUGCUAACGACUUAGCAGUGGCAGAAACGGAUACAGUUGACCCAGCAGCCACUGUUGACACAACUGACGCUGUGGCUGAAGCCGACAACACAGCUGUGGUUGAAGUAACUGUAGCGACUGAGGCUGAACUUGCGGCUGAAGUUGAAAACACUGCUACAGAUGCAUUAGCUACACCAGCAGUUAUUGAAGCCGAAGCUGCAGCCGAAGCUGAAAACACUGCUACAGAUGCAUUAGCUACACCUGCUGUUAUUGAAGCCGAAGCUGCAAACAUUGCUACAGAUGCAUUAGCUACACCUACGAUUGAAGCUGAACCUGCAGCCGAAGCUGAAAACACUGCUACAGAUGCACUAGCUACACCUGCAGUCAUUGAAGCUGAAGCCGAAGCUGAAAACAUUGCUACCGAUGCAUUAGCUACACCUGCGGUUACUGACGCCGAACCUGCAGCCGAAGCUCCAGUAGCUGAGAUCGAUCUGGCAGCCACAGUUCUCCCAGAAGCCCCUGCUGUUGUGGUUGACACCACCUCAGUCCAGACGGCUCUCGAACCAGUGGCCCCGACUGGAGAUGCAGUGGUCGCUAAUGUUGCAGAAGACACAGUUAUCGAAGCCGCUGCUGAAGCCGAUGACACAACCAACGCAAUCAUUGGUGUGACUAGCAUCCCUGAGGCAGCAGUGACAGAGUUGGAAGCCGAAUUGGUGGCAGGAACUGAAGCAACACAGGCCGCGCUAAUCAUUGCAAAACGGCAAGCACCAGAAAUGCCAGCAGACACCAGCUGUAUGGUUUAUCGUUAUGGAUCCUUCUCUACAACUCUCACAGUUGUCCAGGGAAUAGAGAGUGUUGAGAUUGUGGAGGUGAAUAAUGUGGUGAUGCUGGCCACAGAGCUGGAGCAGAACGCUGUGGAUCUCACAGUCACAUGUCAGGGAAGUCUGCCAAAUCAAGUGUGCACCGUGGUGUCAGACGCAGACUGCAUCAGCCCAGUUCAGACCCAAUGUAACGACGUGACUCCGGCCCCUGAGUGUCAGAUUGUGCUUAGACAGUUUUUCAACAACUCCGGCAUCUUCUGCAUCAACGUGUCUCUAACCAACGACGUCAGCUUGGCUGUGACCAGUGCAAGGCUCAAUGUGGCUAUAGACACAAACUCAUCGAGGAACACGGCUGGAGCGACACUGGGAGUCCUGUUUUUCGUUUGUGCUUUGGCGGCCAUUGCUUUUACAUACAAGCGGUUUAAGGAGUACCAUCCACUGAGAGAGGAAAACGAGGGCAGCGGUUUUGCCUCAGGAAUAAGCGCAGUGCCUUCAAUGCUGUGGAGCUUUCUGAACCGGAGAUCCACUGCGGAGAGCCGUCCACUUCUGCUGGGACGCGUGGUGUGA